UCCCGCUGCUGACUGCCCAUCCUACCCACCGGAUAGCCGGCGACCGAGCGGUCCGCCCGAUUACCUGCUUGCCACCCGCCCAGCGACCGGCCGUCAGCUGCCGCCCGCUCACCCACUGACCGACCGAAGCCCCGGGAGCAAUGAAGGCCGCCCGGAUCGCCCUGCGCACCGCCGCGCCCCUGGUCGGGGGCAGUGGAAGCAGCGGUGGCACCAGCAGUUUUCCCAGCGUUUUGGAGCACUUUUCCCGCUUCUCCCCCUCCCCUCUCUCCAUCAAGCAGUUACUGGACUUCGGCUCAACUAAUGGAUGUGAGAGAACUUCUUUUGCAUUUUUGAGACAAGAGCUUCCUGUGAGGUUUGCAAACAUACUGAGAGAAAUUGAUCUUCUUCCUGAUAAAUUGCUAGGCACUCCAUCAGUACAGUUAGUCAAAAGCUGGUAUGUCCAAAGCCUAAUGGAGCUGGUUGAGUUCCAUCAGAAAAGCCCAGAUGAUCAAAAAGUCUUAUCUGACUUCAUAGAUACAUUAAUUAAAGUCCGAAACAGGCAUCAUGAUGUGGUUCCUACAAUGGCACAAGGAGUCAUUGAAUACAAAGACACUUUUAAAGUAGAUCCUGUCACCAAUCAAAACAUUCAGUAUUUUUUGGAUCGUUUUUACAUGAGCCGGAUCUCCACCCGCAUGCUGAUGAACCAACACACCCUUCUUUUUGAUGAUAAAUCUCGCUCUGGGCACCCAAGGCACAUUGGGAGCAUUGAUCCUUGCUGUGAUGUUGCUGAGGUGGUGAAUGAUGCCUUUGAAAAUUCCAAGAUGUUGUGUGAGCAGUAUUACUUAACAUCUCCAGAGCUGAAACUCAACCAAGUGAAUGGAAAACUUCCAGGAGAGCCAAUUAACAUUGUCUAUGUUCCAUCUCAUCUUUAUCACAUGCUUUUUGAGCUUUUCAAGAAUUCAAUGAGGGCAACUGUUGAAUUCCAAGAAAACAGUUCUUCCCUUACUCCAAUUGAAGUGACAGUUGUUCUAGGACAAGAAGACCUGGCAAUUAAGAUCUCAGACAGAGGAGGUGGUGUUCCAGUAAGGAAAAUUGAGAAGCUGUUUAGCUACAUGUAUUCCACGGCACCCACACCGAGGAUGGAUGAUGGCCGGAAUGCCCCUCUUGCUGGUUUUGGGUAUGGCUUGCCAAUUUCUCGUCUGUAUGCUAAAUACUUCCAAGGAGAUCUAAAUCUCUAUUCCAUAUGUGGUUAUGGAACAGAUGCUAUUAUCUACUUGAAGGCCCUGUCAACAGACUCAGUUGAAAAACUCCCAGUUUUUAACAAAUCAGCCUUCAAGCAUUACCAGGCUACCACAGGGGCAGAUGAUUGGUGUGUGCCAAGUAAAGGCUCAAGGAGUGGAUCACAGCAGAGUGCAGCUGCAUGAAGGUGGUAUCCAGGCACUCAGGGGGAUCAAGCUGGCUUCUCAAAAAACACUGAUGUUUGGAAGUCUUCAUCUACCUCCAAACAAGACAAUUCUUCAUUUUCUGGACUGACAGAAGAGAAGAUCAGGACCUUGUAGCCUAGACUGUCUGCACUGAAUGGGAAAUCUUGCUGUGGACUUCAGGAUGAGGAAAAUAGGAA